AUGGAAGUCUGUUUUGCUGAAAAAGCCAGAAAAUGUCUCGAGGGACACGUAAGUGACGCGUUACUUGAAAGGAUGAUCAACAUAUCGCUGCUGGUCCAAAAUACCAUGGGUUCUUCUCAGUGGUACUGCACCAACAGAACAAUGAAUAUUAGUUCCUUGGAUCCAGACAUAAGGAAGCUGAUACCGUGUAGUGAUGACAUGUUUAUCGCAGGGCAUCAAUGCACCGAAAAGUUUCGUAGAAUUUUUAACGCCAAGAGAAACGAUCCCAGAUUGUGCCAGUAAGUCCUCGAAAUGUAAGGGACGCCACAUUAAUAACGUGGUGUUCCGUUGUUAGUUGUGCUGAGUAGUAAAGUAAGUUUGUGAGUAAGAUAAGUAUAUGUUUCUCAAAUAAAUUGUCCAUGCCUGGACUCAGCUUAAGAAAGAAGAAGCAGUAACAUAACAUAGACUGAAUAAACGUUAAUUUAUUUAACAUAAAAAGUUCACGGAAAUGACUCGAGAGACACCCAAGUGACCCGCUACUUAUUUAACCAGAAGCAUAGGGUUACAUACUUCUCGUAACAAACGCGUAAAAUAGCACAGCAUAGCACUUAAUAAAUUAAAUCUAACAAUGUUAUAGCGAUAUUUUACAAAACAUAACUUGACAUGACAUGACAUAACGUUCAUUUAAAAUAUUUCCCGGAUUCUGAUUGGCUAAAAGCACACGCAUAAUUCACCUUAACCAGCUACUGAUGACCAAAUUUGGAAGAAUUUUGCGAUUAAUGAACCGAUUACGUCAAAAGUGCAGCUUUCUAAUGUACCGUUAACCAAGAAGACCUGGGGACGAGGUUGAAUUGUUUUGGUUGUGAAAACAAAAAAGGCGGACAUUUCACUCGUUCAAGAGUAAGAACUAGGCGAAAUAAUAGCUAAAAACAUGGCAAGAACAGCAAGUAGACAACUCGAAGGACGACUUCUGCUAUUUGGAGAAUAUUUGCGCAGCUGAACAACCCUAAACGUGCACUAUCGAGGAUGAACUUAACAUCGAUGGAGGUAAGCAUGUCUUAGCUAUGUUUUUAAAAUAAGAAUUAUUUUGAAUGAAUAAUAAAACAAUGAUUGAAUUCGGCUUUCGUAUCAUAUGAAGAAUUAUGGAGAUCUCGGUACGGCCUCGACGGAUAACACCCACCUCGAUCUCCAUAAUUCUUCAUAAGAUACUCUGCUUCAUUCGUUAACUGUUAAUUAAUUCAAAAACCUCAUAAGAAAUUCGCGAAAACGUUUAGUAAUUACCUGAAAAAGGGGUGAUGAGGAUUGCAUUUGAUUUAGUUAGUAGGACUUUCUUCAUCCUUCAUUUUUGAUCAUUAUAUAACUUUUUAACUGAUCCUGACACUCAUGACAUAUCAUCUUUUACCUUGCUGCACGCAUGUCCAGAGUAUAUAGUAUUUACUGUCGCUUGAACCUGACCUCUUCUGAGUUAAAGAUUGCUUCUCCUUCAAAUGUCAAGAAUGCUCUGAAUUUGUGCUUUCGUGCAAAUGGUCCAAGCUCACAAAAAGCGAGAAUGAGGCAAUCACAAACCGGCGAAAGCAAUUUAGAUUUCCAAUAGCUGUAAAUCUACGGGACAAUUUUACGACAUGACUGUAAGGAUUUUAAAUUCUUCAUAUCUUGUAAACUAGAUUUAUUUAAGCCGCUAGAAACAUCUGCGGACCUCUUAUAUAACGCCUUCAUAUAUUUGUAGUUUUAAUUUAAUAUUGCAUAUAUCGAAAUAUCAAUACCAUAAGGGGAUGGUUGAGACUUUAUCCUCUUCUUUACUGUCUUCUGUUAAAGUUUGCAUUCUUCUGCCGUUUAUUAUUAUUGUUAUCUUUCACCUUUAUCUUAUGCCACAAAAAAUAAAUUAACAAAUAAAUAAAUAAAUAACUGAAUAGAGCCGAAUGUCUUCUAAGCACGUCCUUCUGAAUUAUUUGCCAGGGCCUUCUCCUAUGCCAGGUACUGUAGCCAGAAUGUUUUGAAUCGCCACUGCAAGUCCAGUGUAUUCGUCCCCACAAGUGACCGGUUCAACCCAUUUUGUCAUGACUUAGAUUUUCAUCAAGAGACCACGGUUGGUGUCGAAGCCUCAAAAACAUCCAAAAAUGAAACACAUACAACGUCUAAACCUCAAAAGCCUGCACGCAGCGUUGCUUCUCACACCUCAAGGCUUCUGUCCCGCAUAUUAGGAGUUACUGUGGGUGUUGUUAACCUAAAGGCUACAGCAAGAAGAUUUGGCACCAACUGAAGACUGGAUUGGACCGCUAAAAACUGGGUUUUAUAUCACGGAAUAUGGACCCUGGGCAGCACUGACACGGACAGCUUUGCUUCCACUAAUAACGAUAAAAAACAAUAAUAAUAAUAAUGAUAAUAAUAAUAAUAAUAGUAAUAAGAAUGAUAAUAAAAAGUUAUAAAAUCAGAAAUACGUUCACCCGUUUUUUUUAGAAACCUGUCGAAUCGGAUGCCUUGCACAAGUAGGUCGAGUAGAAGAUCUGUGGCCAGAACGUGCAGAAUAGUGUGUCAGAGAUUAAAUCGAAUGUAAGGUUUCCAUUUCUCAACUUGAGAAAGAAGAUUUGUAGGGGGUCACACACCUAUACAAAAAAAUUCGGAGGUGUCUUCCCCCCGCCCCCCCUGGGACCAGUGCUGCGUUCCUGUGGAGAUUGCCUUGCUAGGAAUUGAGAAAUAGACUAUUUUCGAUACAUUAAAAUAAUUCAUACUCGGCUCCGAGGCUUGGGGGAAUAAAACAAAAGAAAUGUAUUAUUCAUUGCAGAGUCUCAAGAUGAUUUCUUUUUUUUUCCCCAAGCCUCGCAGCAAAGUAUGAAUUUUAAUAUAUCGGAUUUGGUCUAUUUAUUUGCCUUAUUUUUUCAAGGAAACAAGAUCUAAGAAGACCAGAUGUUACAAUGAUAUACAACUGAAAAUACUUAAGGAAAAUAGUUUUUUGUUGUUCGGAGGUGCUUGGAUUUUGUGAACUUCAUUUUUCAUUUUUUUCCUACUGCAUCUCCUUUAAUUUCUAAAAGUCGUUAAAAGAUUUAAAUUCACUACAUAUUUCUGCUCCUGUCUAGAUAUUAGAUUAAAUUCCAAUUUUUCGACAUUAUUCUUGAACAUAAAUAAAUGAGUAGUGGAAUGUAUUGAGGCGAGAAGUUUUCAAAAAACAAACAAACUAACUAACUAAAUGCAUCUGUUUCAAUGCCCGUGUGUUGAAAGUCAAAGGUGCAUGAAGCAAACAUAUUUUACCUUGAUCACUUGUCACAGUAAUAUACAACUAUCCCCCGAAGGGGAGGUGAAUAGUUGUAGCAAAUACACGGAGACGCGAAGCGUCGAGGUCAAUAUCUUAAACGCUGUUCACCGACCCUGAGGGGGGUAAUUGUUUUACUAUUUACCAUCAUGAUAAGCUGAUUGUCGUCUUGAGUCUGAUUUGGGAAUAACUGACAAUGCGCUUGCCUGGUUUAAGUGGUAUCUAUCUGACCGGUUCCAGCGUGUCUCUGUAAAUGGUAGUCUCUCCAAUCAGUUUCCUUUGAAACAAGGUGUUCUUCAAGGUUCACGUUUGGGUCCCUUGCUUUUCAAUAUCUACACGCGAAAACUGUUUCAGCUGUUUCAGCCACCUCCCACAAGUCCACUUCUACGCGGACGGUACACAGUUGUAUGUAUCAUUCAGCCCUAAUCGAUCUGCGGAUACAGAUUUUGUCAUCAAGUCCAUGACUGACUGUAUCAGUGAUAUUAGGAGUUGGAUGAACAGAAUUUUUAAUUAUAGAUACUAGGCAGCAGCUGGCAAAGAUUAACAUCAAUUGCAUUAGGGUUGAGUCGACUGAUGUUUGUCCUGUAACAGUAGCUAGAACCCUGGGAUCAUGAUUUGAUGAGUAGCUUACUAUGUCAACUCAUUUUAGCAAGUUAUGUGGUGCUGCCUUUUAUCAUUUGCAUAAUAUCAAACGUAUUCGCAAGUAUUUGUCUCGAGAAUCAACGGAAAUGCAUGUCCAUGCAUCGAUUACAUCUCGUGUUGAUUAUUGCAACAGUCUUUUAUAUGGGCUGCCCACACCUAACAGCUUAAUAAAUUGCAGAGAGUUGUGAGCGCCCGCCAGCCAGGCUAGUUUGUAAUGCGCCUAUGUUUUGCCACGUCUCACCCCGUAUGCCUGGUCUGUAUUAAAGCCCGGAUACAAUUUAAGAUACUGCGUAUUACGUUCAAAACAAUUCACGGCCUUGCCCUAAAUAUCUAAGCAAGUUACUAAAUUUAAAUCGUCUUUAUAUAACCUUAGCUUUUCAGGUAGUAUUUUACUUUCUAUAGCAGCUGUUCGAUCAAAGACUACGUUAGGUGACAGAGCUUUAUGGUAGCAGCGCCAAUGCUCUGGAUUCUCUUCCAAAAGAACUCCGCACGAUUACUAAUGUGAACAUUUUAGAACUGUAUAUUGGUGAUCAAUUUUAUUUUCAGUUACUUACUUGCGUGCAUAUAUUAUAUUCUUUUUAUUGUUAUUUUUUAAAUGCAUUUUUUGGUUGGUUUACUUGUAAAGUAAUGUAAUUGUAAUGCGAAGCUGAUUAUUCUCAUGUUAAGUUGCGCAGAAUAUGUUCAUAAAUUAUUAUUAUUAUUAUUAUUACCAAAUCAGUUGAAUAAAAAAAGUAACUUUUUGUAUAUUAAAAAUAUCACUUAGUUGGAACUUUGUUUACAAUUUACAAACCUUUUGGGGAUCUUGUCAAGUAUAUUUUUACGAUUUGGUUGCAAUAUCUGCAUGAAAAUAAUUUUCUACCUACCGGUAAACACCGAAAAGCCAAAGUUUGUUGCUGCCUUGGUAUUUGUUUCGUGUAUGAUUGCUCCAUUUAUCGCUCAAAUUUCGUCUCGAAAAUGUGUCGAAACGAGACGCCAUCUUGGCUCCUGUCGCAAAACAGUGAAUAGCCAAGGAUAUUCCGAGUGACGCGCAAUCACAUCAAAACGCGCCAAAAUUGCUAUUCACUGAUUUGGAAAAUCUACUAAUCACUGAUAAACUUGAGCUCGACGGUGUGCUCAUUUUACGUUACCUGAGCUGUAUCCUCCGUAGUUCGUUUUUGUCAAUGGUAAUGUCUUAAUAUAUUUUGCUUCUUUUAAACAAAUAUGAACAACGAAAUAUUUAAGGGUAAAAAGCAACGCUAUUAAAACACGAAGUUUUAACGACGACAUGUCACCAUUAUCAAAUAAAAGAGAUUAUUAUCCUUUCAAAAUAUUUCCCUGAUUCUGAUUAGCUAAAAGGAACAUACAUAAUUCACCAUAACCAGCUACUGAUGCCCAAAGUUGGAAGAAUUUUGCGAUAAUCAACCGAUGACGUCAAAAGUGCAGCUUCCUUGCAGGUUAAUGCACGUGACCGAGAAGACCUGGAGACGAGGCUGAGUUGUUUUGGUUGUGAAAACAAAAAUGGCGAAUAUUUCACUCAACUAGGCGAACUAAUAGCUAAAAACAUGGCAAGAACAGCAAGAAGACAACUCGAAGGGCGACAUCUGCUAUGUGGAGAAUGUUUGCGGAGCUGAAUAACCCUAAACGUGCGUGCACUAUCGAAGAUGAACUUAACAUCGAUGAUAGUAAGCAUGUUUUAGCUAUGUUUUUAAACUAGGAAUUAUUUUGAAUGAAUAAUAAAACAAUUAUUGAAUUCGGCUUUCGUAUUAUAUAAAGAAUUAUGGAGAUCUCGGAGGGUGUUAUCCGCCUAGGCCUCGACGGAUAACACCUACCUCGAUCUCCAUAAUUCUUAAGAUACUCAGCCUCAUUCAUUAAUUGGUAACUAUGAAACGAUAUAUACAUUGUACAUGUAUGUAGGAAACGAAGGUGUAAAACGGAACAUUAAAUUAGAAGAACAAAAUAGUGAAAUUAUUAAGUGAAAAGUUUUGCUGGAUUGGAGUCGGCUUGAGUAUUUAAGGUGGCUCAGUCUGAGCCGUCUAGUACGGCGCGAGCUUUAAAAUCCGCGCGACGUCCACGCAAAAAUAAAACAAACAUGGCCUCUUAGUUUCGAAAUAUUCUCCCCAAAAAACUUUACAUUAACUUUCUGUUGAAGCUCAUUGUACAAAAAGUUAGGUUAUUGUAGGUCAAACAUUUAUGAGAGGAGAAAAUGUUACACCGGUUACAAGUCACUAUCAAUCUCCAUGAGUGUAAUUUGUAUGGAAAAACGAAGCAGAAAUUUUCCAAAGACAUCAAUUCUUCCGUACGACCCCAAAACACGCGUGUUUUUCGGAUUUUUGUGACGUCAACGCGGUUAAUUAACCGUUAGUUUCUCGUGUUUCCUUCGGUACAUUUUUUAAAAAAAAUGCCUCAUUUCUUAGCAGUUGCAGUACCUUUGUACUGUCCUUUUUUGGUUAAUAUCUGUAAGAGCUAAAUUCCUCUGUUAAGAAUGUUUUUUCCACUUUAAAAUGUUAAGCAAUAUGUUUAAGAUAAAGAGGCAAAAUUUAAAGACAUUUCACCAAGGGAAAUAAGGAAUAUUAAGAAAAAUGAUCAAAAAUGACAAAAUUACUACCUGGAUGCGAUGUUGCCAUGGCAACAGCCUUAAUCCAGAAAAUGAAACUUGAUAAAGGAGCCUUCUCAUAUGGGUAACCUUAGCGGUGAAUCUCGUGAAGAAAAUCGCAAAGACAAAGUAACUAGAUUUCCUUCUGUAACGUAUGCUAGAUAGCUAGUUAAAUUAGAAAAUACUCUAAGGAGCCACUUUAAGGUUGGUCUCUUAGUUAAUUAACAACAUCUCAUAAAUAAGGCACUCAAACUUUCCUCGGCAUUUCUUAAUGAUCUUAAAACACUCAAACCGACUCCAUUCCAGCGAUACUUUUCACUUAAUUAUUUCAUUCUUUUGUUCUUCAAAUUUUAUGUAUUUCUGACAGUGUGGUAUAACGGAACAGACAGAAAUACCGGCACGAACAAGAGGACGGGGUCGGCUAGGAGGAAUUGUGGGUAUCUUUUUUAGAUAUGUUUAGUUGUAUGUUGCAAAUUUGAAUCAGUCUUCGUCAGCAUUCAUUCGAGCUCCUCACUUUUACUUUAUUUACCAAUCUAAUUUGUUAUAUUUGUUUAAAGGCAUUUGGCAGCUAGGUUUUGCGUUCCUUUGUCCCCGAUUUGUCGACAACGCAGCUGAUUUCAACAGGUGAGGCUGUUCGUUCCCUUUUUUCCCGCGUAUCCGGGGGUGUCCUACUUAGUCCCUUUCGAGCUUUGCUUUUCUUCAUAGGGUUCGAAUAUGAAAGGCCACUCAAAUAGAUAGUUAAUUCCGAAAAAUAGUUCGAUUGACGUGACGCGGAUAUACUUGCUAGUCACAAACAAUUACUUCCGAAAUGGAUGAUUAAGCAAGCUCAUCGAAAUUCUAAACGAUGAGUUGUUUUUUUAUUAUGAAUAAUAACUCACGAAAACAAGUUGGCAUGGAAUACGUUAACUUUUUGUACUUACCAUCUGUCAAAUGGAACGCGAUGCUUGAGUCAUGCUGAAGUGUUUUACGGAAAAAGUUUUGUAUUUAUUACUAGGUAAGUCAGUCCGGUUACGGUUAAAACUUAAAAUGACUAGCCAUAAGUGUUUUCAUCACGCAAAGCGUCACUAUUAUGGGCACUGCUGUUUAGGAACUUACAAUCACCAACAAUAUUGUUCUUUGAGCUUCUGCUUAAUACUUAGUGUUAUAAGGUACUGAUCACACUUAUGUCUCGGUUAUGUUCUUUUCAUAUGUCGAUAAAAUCUUACAGUAAGUGGGAAAUGAACGCAAUUAAGGAAUGUUUUGUAGUGCUUUAUUUGAAGAUGUAAACAGACGAAACGUUAGUCAAUUACACCAGAUUUUUUAAUUAAUCUCAGUGAUCGAAAAAGCUUGAGUAGUGCUGCCUUUCAACAUAAAAGUUGGUGACGUUGGACGGCGGGACGGUGUCACUUCACCAUGAAAUUUACUCCCGUUUUCGUCGGUGAAUUUUGGUCGAAUUAUUGCAAUUUUUGGUCGAAUUAUCGCUUAAUUAUGCUGUGGAAUAUUAUGAUAGUGGGAAUGAAGUUUUACCAUGGUAUCCAUGGGGCAAUUCCGCGUCAAAAAUGAUGAUCCGGGGAAUUAUUGUUCAUGCGAUGGCUGUGAAAAUUCGUUUAUAAUUUGACCAAUUGAAUGAUUCAGUUAAAGACUAAAGGAUUUAUACCUCCAAGGUCGAAAGUCAAUGAACUUUUUUAAAAUAAAAGGACUAAUGGCCAUACUAAUGGCUUUCUCUAACAGCUUCUGCCGGGUUUUAACUGAGUAUGUUUUUGAAAAGAGUGAUUAUGGAGGAAUCCUCAUCUGAGUGACCAAGCAAAUUCUAUUAAAUUCAAAUGCGUUUUCGUUCUAGUUUUAUCCUUUCAUAAUCACAGGAAAGAAACCGUUCAGAUGAUAUUAAAUAACACUACUUUUCAGUGUUAAUGAUAGAACGAUGUCGGGGACUUCAAAUGGUUGGAAGUUGCACUUUUCAAGUUUAUAUCGACAAAGCUCGACAGUGUACAACGGCCUUUAUUAGUACGCUACAGACCGAUAAAUCUGUGGAUUGCAGGUAAGCUAUGAUUUAGUUUUCCUCCAAAUCAAAACGCUUUCCCUUAAACUUCACUCAAUUUAAUCAUGUUUACUUAUCCCUUUACAAUUGACAAGUCUUUUGAAAAGAUCACUAUUUAUAGGUCGUUUGAUUUCUACUGGUUCACAUGUGUGGGUUCAUAUUUGGAAGAUUGUAGAAGUGACAAGAUCUGAGAAACAUCACGAUUUUCAGAGUAGAUAGCAUCGCACAAUACCAUGAUACUCUCUAACUGACAAUUAGAAUCGCUAGCCUUAAACAAAACUUUUAUACCAGCAGUGCAGCAAAGCGUGGAAAAAACAAAAUUGAAAAGAUGUAUAUUGUGAAAUCAUUUUCUAGAGUCGUCUAUAACAAAAUGGUGGAAUGUACAAAGGAGUACGUCAGAGAUUGCGUUAAAGACCAUGUGCCUGCUAAUGACAUUGAAGCGUUUCUAAACGAAGCAGCAAAGAAACUGAAAUCUGAAGACUUCUACUGCACGGAUGGACUUUUCUCACCUUCUGUUUUAACAGACGAACAGAAAAGGGAAAUACCAUGCAACGAAACGUUUUAUAAUCAGUCAGAAGUGUGUGGAGAUACAUUUCAAACCAAGUUCAGAGGCAACAGGGCAGAUAAGACGCUUUGCAAGUAUGCUGAAUCAGUGCAUGUUUAUAGUUUGAUUAUGUUCUUUUGUUCUGUGAAGAUACUCUAUAGUUAUUUUGUAUGUGACCUCUCGAUAAUGAAAGUAAAACGUUUUUUUUUUAAAGUUCUAGGUCUUUGUCGCAUUUACAGAAAAAUUAUUAGAGUCUCAAUAAAUGCCGUGUGAUCUAAACAUGUCUUGUUUGGAUCUUCAGUGGUAGAAAGGCAUUAAUGAAUGCCACUGAUAAAGCGUUCCACCCGAAAUAUUUGGAAAUUUUCCCUAAAUUCGACACUUGCACGGAGUUUACAUUGUGUUCUGUAGUUCUUUUAAAUAAAAAUUUGGACUAAGGUUAAAAAAAAGAAAAAACACGUUUCCAUUCAUCUCACAAGGCAAAUGGAGUACCAAAACAGUAAAAAUUAGUGCUAGUAUUUACUGAAUUCGUUACAUUUUGAUUUCCUACUUAAUUGAUUGAUUGAAUUAUCGUCAUCAUCAAAACGUCCUCCCUAAAAUGCAUUUUGUUAAAACUUUAACUUUAAUCGGCAUACUUUGGAGCUAUUUCGGAGUUGAGGAGUACAAAAUGUUUAGUCAGACUAUUAUUUGUGACAAGAGUAAUAUAUCAAAAGGUGCCAAAAUCACCAACAACAAAACAGAGGUAGACGUUUGGGUUUAUAACCCUUACCCUUGUCAAGUAAGGAAGGAAACCGUCCUAAACUAAACCUUACCACAAAAUGACCAGUGAGUUUCGCCCUAUCAUAGUUAGUAGAGGGGACUAAUUAUGAAAGUCGGCGAGCUUCAAGGAGCGAGACAAUAGAGCCAUCUCCGAUGUUGAAAGUAAAAGUCACGUGAUCGCGGAUGUCCCUUUCACUAGUAUAUGGCCCCACGUUAGGUAAUGCGAGAAAGUCUUGGAUUCCGGAUUCCUUAUCAGUGAAACUUGGAUUCGAAUUCCGGAUUCCAAUUGUUAAGCGGAUUCUGGAUUCCUUGAGCUGAAUUGCGGAUUCAAAAGCCAAGGAUUCCGAUUUCUUUAAAAAAUUAUAGGAUGCGGGAAUCCGGAUUACCUUGGGGUUCCCUACCGCCGCCAGAGCGCUCUAGGAGAAAUUGCUCGCAGGCUAUACAUGGGGCGAACUAGCUGUUUUCGGAAAAAGAUCUAGAGCGCCUCAGUUUUCUUAGAUUGGAAAUAAUGCGACUUCAACUUUAGGAAUUUAGCGUUUGGCCUUAUUAUUAACUUUAUAUAUGAAAGUUUUUUUUAGCAAGAAAGUGUUUGUGGUAAGAAAAUAAUGCUUGAAUAUAUUCGUUUUACUCAGGGAAUUUGCAGACGCCAAGUCAUGUUUAAAAGAAACAGUGACUCAGUAUUGCCAGUUUGAUUCAAAUGCAAAUGAGAUAUUACAGUCUGCUUUUGAUGACUAUAACCCUUUCUGCAAUGUGUCUUUGGAAGAAGGUAAGUACCAUUGUUCUCCGUGUAUAUUAUUGAAUGUUUUAAAUGGAUGGGGUAAAAAAGCUGACAGAAUAAGGGGAAUCCCGGGGGAGGAAUGAGGAAAGGAAGGUAUGGAUGGUAUGGUGAGUGCCUGGUUGCUUUCCACGCUUUUCAUUUAUUUAUCAGUCACUGAAACUCUUUCGUUAAAAAAGGGCUUCCGAUUGUGUGUGCAGAGAUGAAGAAAGAUUCUUGGCUCAGUUAACACUGACUGAAAAACGAGUAUACUAGCUGAAUUGUGAAAGGCAAAUGUUACAAUUGCGAAACCUGAAGCGUUUCUCAAACUUAAGAUGUCUUCAACUCAACUGCGUGGCUAAUAAUUGGGUCAAAUUUAAGAUAAACAUCUCUUACCUUCUGAAUGAAAGAAUAACAAAAUUCUCUUGCUUGAGAUGCUCACAAGCGUUUCGACACGAAAGUCAAAUACCCAAUUGGGUGGGCCUCAUUUUGGAUCAAAAACUCCAGUCAAAUGCCAGGGUAUCCCCGGUGGGAAUGGGCGGUUUUGGAAUUGCCUAGUAAAUUAACGACGUUUGGUCCUUGUUUGAUUAGUCACUUUCUCAGAGGGGUUUAAAUUAAACUUUUUUCCACCAAACAAUUUAGCGGGCCUAUUGGUUCCAAUUUUUUCUGUGAUUGAUAACACUGCUUAUGCAAAAUAUUUUUGGGAAAAUAAGGUGCAUUAUAAGCAUUGUCAAGUUGCCUUACCAUCAUUUUUUUACAAUUUUGUUAGUAAAUUGCUGUUUUAUAUGAUCAAUUCACAGCUGGAGGGGAGGGAGCGGAAGGUGGUUAUUCUAUCCCAGAUGCCAGAUCAAACGAGGAAGAACUUGAUGCCGUUGGACAAUGCUCAAUAAUCAAACAACUAAACAGAACCCGUCAGUGUAUUACGCUGUUUAUAAGAAGCCUGCAAGCAGAUCCUUAUGGAAAUUGCAGGUGAAUGAAAUACAAUUCAGGUUCAAAAUAAAAACGACAAAAUAUAUGUUUGUCCAUGUCCUCGCGCGUCUAGCCUUCCUGCGCUUCUCUCGCUUGGCAAAAAGAAAAAGGAAACGGCUGCUUCCCAGGCUAUUUUAUUAUUAUCGUUUGAAGUGAACCAGUGUCAGUUAUUGACUGGCAGUUCAGGUUUAGUAUUUCUUGUCACUAACUUCAGCUGAUUUUUGUGCAGAGCCAACAAAUACAAUAAAAGCACAACUUAGAAAUUAAAGGAUUAUUUAAUAGCUUUUUGAGUAUGUUUUUAAAUCAAAGCUUUAUUCUCAGAUGCAGUGAACGUGGGGUGAGCCCCUUUCACUAAACCAGCGACGAUAAAUUAUACUCACAUGACAUUUGCGUAGUUAAAAAGGGGUGAAUGAACUUGGAAUCACACCCAGCCUGAUAUUCAGUAUAUAUGUUCGUCUAGCUCCAGUUUACAGGGUCGUAAAUGUUUUAGCCGUGCAAGGAAUUUGAUCUUCUCUACUUUAUCAACAGCAUUAAAUACAUCCAUAUGCAAGAUUGUAUAGUAUGUGUACUCCGCACCUGCCUACAGUCAUAUGGAUUCAUCAUUGAUUCGGAUAUACAGCUUCAACUGGAACAAUCACUGAACCAGACCAGCCCAGAGGAUUUCUACUGCCGUGGCAUGUUAGAGGCACCGAAAGUUUCCUCAGAGCACGAUCAUCUUGAGUGCGAUGCGGGAUUCCAUGAGAAAGAAGUAAAGUGUAUGAAAGACUUUAACGAUACCUUUACUGCCAAUGUCUCGGAUUCAAGUCUUUGUAGGUAAGGUCUUUAGCUCUUUUGUCUAGGAGAGAUUUGUACGAACAUGGUGUGGAGAGAUAAGUAUAGGUUUACUACCAAAUUCACUGUAUUAAAUUCCGUUAAAGUUGAUGAAAAUGGAAAAAAAGUAAUAAUCAUUUGUAAAGGUACUCCAACAAUAAUCUACAAAUAUUUAGUGAGUAAAGGAAUCAAUGAGGGAAUUUUCAUGUUUUUCGCCGCUGAAAGAAAAACCCAACUAGUAUGGAAGUAAGGGAAAGCACCACAUGAUCGGUGACAAAGAUGCAAGUCAGCGCUGUGGAAAAAUUAAGACUUGAAAUUACAUCCGUAUAAACGGACUACCCCAAUAUGAAACAAAUCAAGGUGUGUGGAAAACAUGGCGUGCAUUCAGUCCUCGAUGGAUUCAACGUAGUGGUACCAGACCACUUUUGUUUCGGCAGUUUCCAAGUAUCUGAUAUGAAACUUGCAGUUGUAGAAAAAGCUUUGUAGAGAAAGCUUUGACUUUAAUUCCUGUGUCAUUUAAUUACAGAAAAUUCACUGACGCCAAGCGGUGUCUCAGAGAUCUAAUAUCCACUAGCUGUCCAAAUGACACCAGGACAUCUUCGCUUGAGUUUGCUUUAGUUUUUGAUGACUACAAUCCUUUCUGUGAAGGAAGCAGGGAUUUAGGUAAGAUAAUAACGUACGUGCCAGGCUUUUCGUUCACUAACGAUUUUUGGCGGUUGAAAGUUUUCCAUUCUGGGAUUUUUUUGAGAAGAAACAUUAAGCAAGUUUUUGGGGGUACCUUGAUUUAAGCAGAGAUGCAAUAUUCUGCUAACAUGCUUUUAUUACUACCAAAUUCGUUAUAUCUCACUGCCCGUUUUGCAAAUUCGAAGGACUUUCGGCUUUUUCUGUUCCACCAAUCAUUUGAGUGGGGACGGGGUUAAUGAAAAUCACAAUACUUGAACGCGCUUUUAUUGCCCAGCAUGGCCGGCAAGAACAAAAGUGAUAGCGGCGAAGGAAAUCGCGAUGGUGAUUUGAAUAUUUGUCAAGGGAAGGAGGCAGACAUUGCUUUUUUUCUUGCAAGUGACAAAAAUAAGAAAGAUCAAAAAAUGUUCGAAGCGAAAUAGUCGAUUAUAGCCCGAAACUGGACGAUCUCAAGCAACGAACCUUGAAACACAGAAACAAACCAAAGGGAUGGAAAUCCACUGAUCAAAAAUUACAAACCAUGACCUUUUAAACUCGUUUAAGAAAACAUGUGUUUCCUAAAAGGUCUGCUAAGAUGAUUGAGGGAACAGAAAAUUUCCAAAUUCCUUCAAAGUUUGCUAAACGCGCAGCGCGAUACAACGUAUUUAUCAGUAUGCAAAUAAAAUAAAAAAAAAUUCAUUAUCUACAUGAGAAAACCUAAACUGAAUUCUACUUAGUAUCCCAAUAUUUUGGGCCGUGAAUAAAAUUUGAAAUACUUUAGAGACUUAGAGGUCUUUAGACUGGCGUUACCGUAAGCGCAGGCUAAAUCUAUGCUCUGGAUAAAGGGCCGCUCAGACAAUAUAUGGACGUCGAUGCCAAGCUGAUGCUAACCAUUGUUUUACUUCUUCGUUUGAUAUGAAUAUUUUGGGGAAUCAAAAAGAGACUUUUGCAAAGAGCGGACACAUUUGAACCACAUUUAUACUGCACGCUGUUGUGGAUAAAUUUUCGUCUGUAGGUGAAUGCAUAGCGAAGUAACGAAAGGAGGAAGCGAACCAGCGAUACGAGUUACAUGUACCUUAAAAUAUAAUGCUUCUUCUUUCUUUUAAAAAAUGUAGAUUCAUCAUCGUCUGCUUCUGUAGAAGAGUUUCAGGAGCCCUGCUUGGUCGAAUUUCCAACUGCAGAGUUGUUGCAGCAAGUAUCUAGAGGGACAGUUUACCUUCAUUCUUUAAGUCUGUUACUUCUUUUGUUCUUAUACCUUAUUGCAACAUGAUUUGACUUGAAAGUCCAUCCGCGUUAAUCAUUAGGGCCUUUCUGCGACUCAGCAAAUUUAAAUAAUGUAAAGAUCUACCCAAGCCUAAAACACGAAGCUUCCUCCAAUAUCCUGAUAAUAAUAAGACUGUAAAUAACUUUUUUCCCCCACGAAAAAGACCAUGAUACUACAGUCUACAAAAACUGUGGGUACUUAUGCACGUGUUGUGCAGCGCAUUCUAGAUUCUGGGCGAAGCGUCCGGUAGACUUACACCUGGCACUGCAAAUAACAUUACAACAACUUUAAACUUUUUCCAAAAGGCUAGCUUAAGUUAUUUGACAAAAUUACGCGUCUUUCAGUAGAAUGAAGGUCAAUAAAAGACAACUCUUUUACAUAGAUAUAUUUAGGGGGAGGGAGGAUGGAGUGAAGUGUAAACACCGAAUCAGAGACGCAGAUACAACGGCAUCAGUCCAGGGAAAAAAAACGGAACAGUGAUGCAAAAUUAUUGACUGGCAAUCAAAGCACAAAUAAAUAUUGGGAAAUGAAACAUGUAUAAUAACAACCGUUUUUAUUUAAGAGGGCAGUUAGAGCCAGUGAAAUGUUUCUAAAAAUACUCUAAAAUCCUUGUUUUCCUUGUGUUUGUUAUUAUUCAGCCGGCUUCGCGUUUUGAAUGGCCUUUUGGGAUGAAU